CGUGUCAUUUUCUUUCACCGACGGAUGUGAUGAUACUCCUUCAUCCUUCGGCCUUGCUUCCUUUUCGCUUAAACUUCCAUCUUCCUCGCUAAUCAACUGUGUUUCUCUCGCGACAGUCCAACAAACACUGCGGAUUUCCACUCAAUUUUAUCCAACCAUACUCUCCUGAAGAAGAGGAAGAAACAACAAGACCUGAAGAAGUUCAUGGAUGACGAAUCAGAUGAUUGCCGAAACCUCAUUGACCAGAAUUCCCCCAAGCGCAUCCCUUCUACCUUCGACAUCGACGACGAUCCCCAUUUCAGGCCUCCCAUUCAGACUUUCCGUUUCUCCAUUCCUAAAUUUGCAUUUGACAAGAGGUACUACUACAUUUUAGCGGCCGCCCUCCCUCUAUGCAUUGUUGUUGUAUUUUUCUCUGCCGACAUCCAAACUCUCUUCUCUACUAAUCUCUCUUCCCCACUGAAAAGUUCCGAUUCCCUCAGUGACCGCAUGAGGCAAGCGGAAUUAAGAGCUUUGUAUUUGUUGAGGCAGCAACAACUGGGUUUUUCCGAUCUUUGGAACCGCUCCUUGCUCGUUCAAUCUAAUUCAAGUUUCAACUCCACCUCUUCUAAUAAUUUGAGUUCCAAUUCAGCCUCAGGAACCCCAUCUACAGAAGAUCUCAAUUCUGCUAUAUUGAAGCAGAUUUCUUUGAACAAAGAGAUCCAAAACGUUCUUUUGUCCGCCCAUAGCUCUGGGAACAUAUCAGAGGAAGUUGGUGAUGCUCAUUCCAUGGGGAGCUUCGCCCUUGAUAGAUGUAGAAAGAUGGACCAGAAACUGUCGGAUAGAAGAACUAUUGAGUGGAAGCCAAAAUCGAACAAGUUUUUGUUCGCUAUAUGCACUUCGGGGCAAAUGUCGAACCAUUUGAUCUGUUUGGAGAAGCAUAUGUUCUUUGCUGCUAUCCUCAACAGAAUUCUUGUUAUUCCUAGUCACAAAGUUGAUUUUCAGUUCAGUAGAGUAAUUGACAUUGAUCAUAUUAAUUCAUGUUUGGAAAGAAAGGUCGUCAUUUCUUUUGAGGAGUUUUCUGAGAUUAAGAAGCACCACUUGCACAUUGAUCGGUUCUUCUGUUACUUUUCAAAGCCAGAUCCUUGUUAUGUGGAUGACGAACAUAUUAAAAAGUUGAAGAACUUGGGGGUCUCUAUGGGCAAGCUCGAAUCUGCCUGGAAUGAAGAUACUAAGAAGCCCACUAGAAAGACAGUUUCGGACAUUGAAUCCAAGUUCUCCUCUAAUGACGAUGUUGUAGCUGUAGGAGAUAUUUUCCUUGCUAAUGUAGAGCAAGAGUGGGUGAAUCAACCAGGUGGUCCCAUCGCUCAUAAAUGUCAGACUUUGAUAGAACCAAGUCGUCUUAUCAAGCUGACGGCCCAGCGGUUUAUUCAAACCUUCUUAGGAAAGAAUUAUAUCGCCUUCCAUUUCCGACGACAUGGUUUUUUAAAGUUCUGUAAUGCAAAGCAGCCAAGCUGCUUUUACCCCAUUCCCCAAGCAGCCGACUGCUUAAUUCGAGUGGUUGAAAGGGCAAACGUUCCAGUCAUUUAUCUUUCUACUGAUGCAGCAGAGAGUGAAUAUGGAUUGCUGCAGUCACUUCUUGUGUUGAAUGGGAAGCCCAUACCACUUGUUAAGAGGCCUCCACGUAAUUCAGCUGAAAAAUGGGAUGCCUUAUUAUAUAGGCAUGGGAUCGAGGGAGAUUCUCAGGUUGAAGCGAUGCUGGACAAGACAAUUGGUGCUAUGUCUAGCACAUUUAUCGGUGCAUCUGGGUCUACAUUCACUGAGGACAUUUUGCGGCUUAGGAAGGACUGGGGCUCUGCAUCUACUUGUGAUGAGUACCUUUGCCAAGGCGAGGAACCAAAUUUCAUUUCAGAAAAUGAAUGAUAUGUAAAGAUUCCGUGAGGUAUAGAAGCUGUCACUCUGAUCCAUUUUUAGGCUUGAUCUAGAAUCUAGUUUACUGUAUGAUAUGGUACCUGAUGAAGUCUGCACGAAUUCUUUUCCAUGAACUAAAGUACUCUUCAUAAGAUAUUUACGGCUGUAACCCAUGUAUAUAGAGAAAUACUUGAGACACUGAACUUCGCAAUUGUAUAAUCCACAAUACUUCCCAUAGGGGAAGGCCUUGAUUGA